UAAUUAGGGAAAGAUUUUUCAAAGGGGAUUACGAGCCAUUGAAACUUCCAUGAAAGGAAUGGGCUAUUAAUUAGGCUGCAAUUGAAAGGGCCGCAGUUUGAAAUUCGGAAUGCCUUGUGUGGUGGGGGACGUUAAGGAGGGCUCUGGGAGAAAUUCUUGACGUGCCUCUUUUGUUCUUGUCCUGCUGAGAGAUUCUCAGCAGAUGCUCCAAGCCUUCUUCUUGAAUCUUUGGCUAACCAGUCCGAACUUCGUUCCUCCUGAGUGAUCCCCAAACGAUGGCCAACGAGAAGUUCUGCUGUACAUGGGUUGCACUAGCAGAUGUCACCUCCAAGCCCCACCAGUCCCAGUGGCUCCAGGAAACUCUCUCCUACGUGGACAAAAAAGUGGGUGCCAUUAGAGCACUUGUGGAAGAUAAUAGUGAUAGAUCACAAAUCGUUCAUAUCCUUGAAGAACUGAGAAAGUCUUACUGCGCUCUAGCAGAGGGGCAUGAUCAGUUGAAGUCCAAGUUCAGUCACCUCCAAAAUGCAAGAACUUCAACAUCCCCCUUCGACACCAAGAUUCUCAUCAAAGCCGUCAACGAUGAGGAUGUGUCGGGAGUCUCUGAGAGCCCCAAAAUGGACAGUCUUGAUUCCCCACCAGAGUCUGCCGUCAUAGAUCCUGAUGUGGAGUUUGACAACUUCCGCUUCGAUAUCCUGGAUAAUUUGGCUGAUGAGAUAGUCCUGGAUGAACCUACCAGUGCCAAUCUGAAUCUGACAAAAACAAUUGGUGGGGAAAUUCACGAAAAACAUCCUGACAUGCCCACCAAAGAAGAAACCACUCCUGUGAUCCACGGUUCUGGAACCGAUUGGGAAGUGAUUGGUGAUCACUGGACUGCACAUUUAGGGUGGGAGAUGAAGUGGAAUGAGCUGAAGCUCCAGGUCACUAAGCUGAUGGAGGAGAACCUGCAGAAGCAAGCAGAGCUGGUGAAAAGAAAUGAAGAGAAGAGGGGAAUCAUUAGGGGCCUCAAGUCGCAUUUGAAUGGCUUGAUGGCCGAGAAUAAGGCGCUGCAGGACAGUCUCGUCUGCUCUAAGGUCGUUAAGAAGGGCAACCAGUUUCAGAUGAUGGGAUUGAAAGGCCUAGUCUUGAGUAGAAUUUUCGGAAGAAGUACUCAUUGACGGUGUUGGGGAGAUCACAAGCCACUGCAUUGCCGCGCUCAACCGAAACGAAUCACUUCAGCUAAUAAAGUUAAAUUCUCUGGUCAUGCCACAGGCACCACGCGACUCACCUUAAAAUCGCAAGCGAACAUAGAGUGAACCCGUGCUGCUUUUCUUGUGCAUACGUAGGGUGCGGAAACAUUCUUGCGAAACUACAGACCGUAGGAAUCUUCUCCUUCAAAUUUCCCAUCAACUUUUAACUUCUAGUAAUAAUUGUCUGUCGAUUCCUAGUUUACCUUCAAUCAUAUCAUACAUAAGAAAUUGAAUACAAUGCCAAAUGUAAUCAGGACAUGAUUCUUUCUGCCCCACAGUCAGUUUUAGAUCAACAAUUCCAGA